GUGUGUGGUGUGGUGUGGUGUGUGUGUAUGUGUAUGUGUGUGUUGAAGGAUUGAGAGAGGGAAAAAAGAUGGAGAGAGAGAGAGAGAUGGUGGGAGGGAGAAGGAGCACUGAGCUGAGUAUUCACUCCAGAUCUUGGGGGUUUUUCAGUCUCUCACUGCGGAAUGUCCUCUCUACUUUUGAAGUGAGUGAAGCCUUUAACUCAGUAAAUCACCUUUAUUCUCUCGGGCAGUUUGCCUCUCAAACAAUCUGAAUCUCUGGAUGGAGUAACGUUGCUGCUGCAGCUGCAAAAUGAAGGCGCUGUGUUUGAACUUUGCCAUCACCUGUCUUUGGCUUCUCCCUUCAGCGGUCCAAGAAACAGCCAGGCCCUUUUACUUACAGAACCCACAAUGGAGGGAGGAGGAAGGAGGAAGAGGAGACGCUGUGGGAGCUGCACUGAAGGUUAAACAUAUCUCCAAAGAUUUACAGAUAAUCUCCACCAAACACAAAACACCUGCUUACGGUUCGCUCGGCCCGUACGGUUGGCCACAGAACUUCUCCCAAGCUUUGGAUCAGUACGUGUACCGCCCUGCUCCCAAAUCCAAACCUCCUGCUAAAACAUCCCCAAAGGCCAAGAAGAUCCUGGGCUGGGGUGAUUUUUACUUCAACGUGAAAACAAUGAAGUUCAGCCUCCUGGUGACGGGGAAAAUCGUUGACCACAUCAACGGGACUUUCAGCGUCUACUUCCGGCACAACUCCUCCCGUCUGGGGAACAUAUCUGUCAGCAUCGUCCCGCCCUCCAAAGCUGUAGAAUGGGAAGUUCUGGAUCCUCUGACUCAGAGCACUCACACCAAAAACUCAGUCCUGGUUCCGGAUGUGAUGUCUCACUUCCAGAGCCCCCCUCAGUCGACCAGUCCCCCCCCCCCUGACCAGCAGAAGCAGCAGCAGGACAUGACGAUGGUGACCGAACUUAACUGCCGGAUUGAAUACCAGAAAACCAACCGGUCCAAGAAGACCAAACCCUGCAUGUAUGACCCGGGGCAGACCUGCUACUCAGAAAACACCCAGUCCCAGGCAGCCUGGAUCUGUGCCAAACCCUUUAAGGUUAUAUGCAUCUUCAUCGCCUUCACCAGCACCGAUUACAGGCUGGUGCAGAAAAUCUGUCCAGACCACAACUUCCAGACAGAGCAGAACCAGCAGCACUUUGGUUGACAGAUUCUGCAAGGCUGAAACUGAGACAUCAAACCAUUUCUGACUUUUCACACAUCCUUCAAAAUCAUGAGUUCAGUUUUUCAAAAAUGGGUUUGAGGUUGACUGUUUUUAUACGCCGCUAAAAACUCAUUUUCAACAUGUCAGUGAGACGUAUGAUAAUGUGUUGAUAGCAGAACGUGAGCUUUGUUGUUGUCUGAAACUACACUCACCCAGUCUGACUGAUUCAUCAUAUCACUUUGUGUAUUGUGAAUUUUGUUUUCUGAAUAUGUAUUAAUUAUUAAUGUGAAGACUUUAAACCGAAACUAGUUACUUACUAUGUGAAAGAUGUGACUUCUUGACUCAUUAAUAAAACAAAAUAGAUUCA